ACAUGUUAUUACAUCAUAUCUACAUGUAAAUUAUGAAGAUAAAGAAAGAAUAAUCCAUUUUUUUUUUGCUACACACGAUGAUUCUGUUAUACUCAGUAUUGUUUUCUUUUUGCGUUGUUCCAGCAUAUUCUAGAUUAUGCUCAGGACAAGACAAAACAACAACGUGUUGUCUGGGAUAUGUUUGGAAUGAGACUCUUGGAAAAUGUUCAGCCUGCAAUGCUGGUUAUAUAGGAAAACACUGUAGUACAAAGUGUCCUGAAAUGUACUAUGGUCAAGGAUGUCUACUUAAAUGCGAUUGUACCCGAGAUCAAUGCAAUCAUAUAGCUGGAUGUUCAAAGUCUUCAUCAGAAGGCAUGAUGAGUGUACCUAUUUCACCAUCGAAAACGAUUCGAGUUUUAACCAUCAACUCGUCAACAUCUAAAGUAAUUGAUAAUACAUCCAACGCUGUUUCCACAGAAAACAAAUCAAAACAACUUGGUAAUUCCUCAUCACUACUUGCCAUGUAUUAUGCUAUUGUUAGUCUUGUGUUUGUUGCAGCUUUUCUUCUCGCAUUGUACAUAGUUUUGUUUUUAUAUUCUAAAUGUAAAGAUUAAACGUACAUAUGAUUACAUGUGUACAUUGAUUAUUUUUACAUGAAAAUUAAAAUUAUAAUUGUAAUCAACUUUUGGUGGAAAACGAGAUACUUCAUUUUGUAAGUUUUAGACAUAAGUAUAUUACAUUUUUUUAUAUAUAAUUAACAUGUUACACGUUACAUACUUACAUGUACUCAAAAAGUAAUCAUGAUGCAAAAAAGGGAAAAUCUUCCCUUUUAUGUGAAUUCUGCAUGGUUUUAAAAAU